UUUCUGCCUGCGUGGCACCUAGACGUUGCUGUGGGGAUUACCACAAACAAUCGUGGUGUUACAUCAACUACACUUACAAUACAAUGUGGAGUGACACAUUACAACUAAAUUGGUCUCUGAUGCAUUAGGGAGGUGCGUGUGUGUGUUUGUGACUUGGAAAAGGAGUACGCAGCAUGGCCGAACCCAUGUCCCCGGAUUACUUCAGCUGUCCCUUAUGUGUGGAGCUCCUGAAGGACCCUGUGGCUAUUCCCUGUGGCCACAGCUUCUGUAUGGACUGUAUCAGUGGCUACUGGAACGAGGCAGACUACACUGGCAUCUACAUAUGCCCCCAGUGUCGGAUCACCUUCACCCAGAGACCAGUGCUCCGGCCAAACGCUACUCUCACUAAGGUGGCCGAGAAGAUCAAGAAGACAGGCCUCAACCUGGUCGCCCAAGCACCGUUGCCAGCAGCCAACAGCUACGCGGGGCCUGCCGACGUGCCCUGCGACUAUUGCUCGGGCAAGAAGCUGAAGGCCAUCAAGUCGUGCCUCAACUGCCUGGCGUCUUACUGUGAGAAGCACCUGAAGCCUCACUAUGAGUCGGCCACCUUCAAGAGGCACAAGCUGGUGGACGAGCUGGGCAACCUGGACCGCAAGAUCUGCCCACAGCACCAGAAGAGCCUGGAGCUGUUCUGCCGCACUGACCAGAUGUGCAUCUGUGCCAUCUGUACGGUCAGCGAGCACAAGGGUCACGACAUUGUGUCCGCUGAGGCAGAGAGAAGCGAGAAACAGAAACUCCUUGGUGUGUCCCAAGCUGAAAUUCGGCAGAAAUGCCAGCAGAGGACAAAAGAAUUGGAGGAGCUGAAGACUGCUGUGGACUCCCUCAAGAGCUCUGCUCAGAGAGCCAUGGCCGAGAGCAAGAAGAUGUUUGACGAAAUGAUCACCUCCAUCGAGAGGAUGAGGUCAGAGGUCACCAAGCUGAUCAACAUAAAUGAGAGGGCGGCCUUCGGCCAGGCUGAGGGCCUAAUGGAGCGUCUGGAGCAGGAGAUCGCCGAACUGCAGAAGAAGGAGACUGGACUCAAGCAGCUGUACAGCACGGAUGACCACAUCCAUUUCUUACAGAACUUCAACUAUCUUUGCACCCCUACGGAUGAUGGGUUUGUGCCAAGAGUCUCCCUCAAUCCAGACUUCUCGUUUGGAGCGGCCAGGAAAGCCGUGGCGGCGAUAAAAGAGAGACUGGAGGAGCUCGGCCAAGAGGAGCUUCUCAAGAUCUCCAAGUCUGUAAAUGAAGUUCCUGUGUACACAAUGCAAAACCGCACCAGGGAAAGAAGCUCCAGAGUCAGACAAGACAUAGUCGUGGACAGUGCUGUACCCCCAGAACCAAAGACCCGGUCUGAGUUUCUGAAAUAUUUCUGCCAGCUCAGGCUGGACCCUCACACGGCCUACAAGGAGCUUCAUCUGUCUGAGAGCAACAGGAAGGUGAUCAGGACCAGGGACCUGCAGCCGUACUCCGACACCCCGGAGAGGUUCGACAGCUUUGCCCAGGUGCUGUGUCGCGAGGCCCUGUCCGGCGGCCGCUUCUACUGGGAGAUCGAGUGGAGCGGAGAGUUCUCCAUGGGCGUGGCCUACAAGGGCAUCAGCCGCAAAGGCAAAGGCUCCCUCUGUCUGCUGGGAUACAAUGACAAAUCCUGGAGCCUCCUGUGCUCCGACACGGGCUACUCAGCCUGGCACAACCGGGUAGACAAGGCCAUCAGUGCACCCCAUUCACCCAGGAUAGGCGUCUACCUGGAUCACAAGGCAGGCGUUCUGGCGUUCUACAGCAUUGGGGAAGGCAUGACCCUACUGCACAGGUUCGAGACGGCCUUCACUGAAGCACUCUACCCAGGCUUUGGAGUGGGAACUUCGGUCAAAAUCUGCCAGCUUAAAUGAGCUCUCCAUACAGUUUAUUCAUUUUGCAGUGAAAAGUGAAAUGUGUCAAUGUAUAAACGAACAAAAAACGUGUUUGCAUGUUUUUUUUUUAAACUUGUGCUUUGUUCAAUUUUGUUACCUUUUAACCAGUAUAUUACGAUUGCUGUGAUGUUGGAUACCAUUACCAUUUUUAAUUAUUUGGCCUCUGAUUAAGAGAGGCCUUUCAUUUUACAAACCUUUGUGAGGUAUUUUUCUACAAAUGCAAGUAUUUUUCAUAAUUGGAUAUGUUUGAGUACUAAACCUAUAUUUAUCAGAACAAAGUCCAUUUUCACUACUGUAUAACAUUUUUUCAUCCAAAUAACCCAUUUAUAUAUUUUAAUAAAGUUUUUAAAUACUA